CCAUGGGCACGUCUGUCGCAGGGCUAUUGUGUAACUUCAGAACGACGAUUUUUGGUUUUGUUGAUGGACUAGCUAGCAUGAGCUGCUGGGCUAGCCAGCUGCUUAGCAUAGUGUAGUGUGUCAUUGAUUUAGCUAUAGUCAAUUAAUUAAAAGCUUGCUAGAUCACAAAGUAAGGUGUAUUGUAGCUAAAUGACACCACGUAGACAUCGAUAGCAUGCAACAAAAGCCUUAAAACGGUGCCAGAACUCUGAAAUCUGAUGGUCCAAAAUGCCUCAAAAACUUAAGUUACACAAGAGUAGUCACUAUAUUGAGCUGGGGAGUUACCAGUACUGGCCAGUUCUGGUGCCUCGGGGAAUCCGCUUGUACACAUUUGAACAGAUCCCGUUAUUCUUGAAAGAAAACCCAUAUAUUACAGAUGGAUACAGAGCACACUUGACGUCAAAACUAUGUUUAAAAAGCAUCUUUGUGCUGUCCAAUGAAACAGUCAACAUAUGGACUCAUCUGUUGGGCUUCCUCCUGUUCUUCCUACUGGGGGUGAAUGACAUGUCUACAGUCCUGCCGGCUUCAGGUGCCAACAGAGAAGACUAUGUCAUCUACUGCAUAGGACUUUUCUGCUUUCAGGUGUGUAUGCUGUGUUCAGUGGGGUAUCACCUCUUUUCCUGCCACCGCUCAGAGAAGACGUGUCAUCGCUGGUUGGCGCUGGACUAUGCUGGAAUCUCUGUGGGAAUCCUGGGCUGUUACAUUCCAGGGGUCUUCUAUGCCUUCUACUGCAACAUUUUCUGGAGACAGGUGUACGUGGUGAUUGUUCUAGCGUUGAUAUUGGCCAUAUUCUCGGCUCAGAUCCACCCUCACUACCUCUCUAAGGAGUGGCAACACCUGCGGACCGUCAUCUUCUGCUCUGUGGCUGGCUACGGGGUCAUCCCAGCUGUCCACUGGGUCUGGCUCAAUGGAGGCUUCAGCUCCGCUGUCGUCCAGUUGUUCCUCCCUCGUGUGAUUGUGAUGUAUUUGAUAGCUGGAGCUGCGUUCCUCUUUUACAUCUCUAAAAUCCCAGAACGCUGCUUCCCAGGUCAGCUGAACUAUCUGGGUGCCAGCCACCAGGUGUGGCAUGUCCUGGUAGUGUUUAUGUUCUACUGGUGGCACCAGACUGCUGUGUAUAUAAUGAACUUCAGACACAACCAGCCAUGCCCUCCUCUCUACACCAAUAGUGGCUAGCUGGAGCCACACAGACUUGCAUCUAGCCACCAAGCAACCACAGCCUGUACUGUAGCCACUCAAUGCAAUCAAACCAGACUACAGACCUCCUAUAUAAGCCUAUUCUACAGAUGCCCAGUCAAGACCUAUAUCCAAGAAUACCCAUGACAGUACUGUUAAACCUUGUAGAAAGCUUGAAACCAUCUCUGGUUUUAAGGUUUGCUAUUGGUGGUAUGCAAUCGUAUCUGCUUUCUGCUGAGACUUCUGUAAGGCCAGGUUAUAAGAGAUGGAAAGACAGGUCAAUCAUAGCCUGGUCCCAGGUCUGGGAAGCAAGAUGGCACAAACAGAUCUGGGACCAGGCAGGGUAAGUCACUAGACACACUGUACACAAUACAUAUACCACUACCGCUGAACAUUUUCUCUGAUUCUCCGAUUAUCUUUUCAUAUUCAAGAUUUUUUUAACCUGAUUUGUAUCUAUUAAUUUGCAUGUAAGCUACUGUUUGAAUGUUACAUGCUGUGAAAUGCUUCUCUGCUGCCUUGAGCAAAUGGGACCUUCCAAAGGGUUAUGUGCAAUCUACCUACCUACUAUCCUAUCCUAUGGAAGUGGAACAACAACAAAAAAGUUAUUUUUGCUUGAGUAGUUUUAUCUGUAUUCAUCAAUACUUGAAUUGUUUGUGUGUUGUAUUAUUGCCUCUGGCACAAACUUCAUUGGAUUCUAUGGUGGGGUUGAGUAGUUAUCUUACUGUUUUUCAUUAAUGGUGGGGUUGAGUAGUUAUCUUACUGUUUUUCAUUAAUGGUGGGGUUGAGUAGUUAUCUUACUGUAUUUCAUUAAUGGUGGGGUUGAGUAGUUAUCUUACUGUAUUUCAUUAGUGGUGGGGUUGAGUAGUUAUCUUACUGUAUUUCAUUAGUGGUGGGGUUGAGUAGUUAUCUUACUGUAUUUCAUUAGUGGUGGGGUUGAGUAGUUAUCUUACUGUUUUUCAUUAAUGGUGGGGUUGAGUAGUUAUCUUACUGUAUUUCAUUAGUGGUGGGGUUGAGUAGUUAUCUUACUGUAUUUCAUUAACGGUGGGGCUGAGUAGUUAUCUUACUGUAUUUCAUUAACGGUGGGGCUGAGUAGUUAUCUUACUGUAUUUCAUUAAUGAUGGGGUUGAGUAGUUAUCUUACUGUAUUUCAUUAAUGGUGGGUUACUUUUAGUAUUAGUGGUCAACUGACCUCCUUCCUCUCACAAUCCACUCGAAUCUAAGGUCUGAUUCAAGAACUGUUUAGAGAAAUGUAACCAACUAAACAUAAACCCAAUAAAAUAGAUUGGGAUUAAAUUCCCCUCGCCUUAAUUUGUUAGUGUCCCUGUGUCACUCACGGGUGUGAACAACUGCAUAAGAACAAAAGUCCUAAUGGCCAGUAUUAUCGAUUGUAUAUUAUACACCACUAAAGUGUAGUACACUUGAAUUUAGGUUAGGUCAAAUUACUACCCAGUCUCUCUCUAUGCAACAAUAUACUGUACAUCUCCUGCCAUUUUAAUCCAGUUCCCAGUCAUUUAAUUAAAGGAAAUGUAUCCAGCAAUGCAAUGACAUUUUGGUCACACGUUUUUAGAUUGUCUCCAGCUGACAUACUUAGCCUCUAGUCAGAUAAGGAUGCUCUGUCAGAGUCGUGUGUAUAGGUGGCAGGGAAGUCAUGACAUGCUCAGAACAUAUCACAGCCUGUAAUGACUGGAAAUGUAGCAGACUGUUUGUUUGCCUUGUAAAUUCACUUUUGUUUUUAAGUAUGACUUUCAUUAUUUACUAUGUAAUUACUGUAUCAUUUUACCUGUCUGUCUUGUUUGUUACGUUGUUCAACAUUUGUUUUUAAUUUAUUUUGGCAUGGUUGAUGGACCUUUAGUCAGUGCCAGUAUUCAAAAGUAAAGGGGCACAUUAUUUUAAUUAUCUGUUAUAUGACAUGUUUCUCUUUGAUUACUAUCAAUAAAUAAAGACUGCCUCAAGAAA